AUGAAGAGCGCGCUUAUCGCCGCCGCGGCCCUCGCUGGCUCCGCCCAUGCUGGCGUGCACAAGAUGAAGCUCCAGAAGAUCUCUCUGGAAGAGCAGCUGGCUGGUGCUUCCAUUGAGCAACAGGUUCAGGCCCUCGGCCAGAAGUACCUUGGUGCCCGCCCUCUGUCCCGAGCCGACGUCAUGUUCAACACCAAGGCUCCCCAGGUCAAGGAGGGUCACCCUGUACCUGUCAGCAACUUCCUCAACGCACAGUACUUCUCCGAGAUUACCAUUGGUACCCCUCCCCAGACAUUCAAGGUGGUUUUGGAUACUGGUAGCUCCAACCUUUGGGUCCCUUCUCAGUCCUGCAGCAGCAUCGCUUGCUACCUGCACUCUACCUACGACUCGAGCUCUUCCUCCACUUACAAGAAGAAUGGCUCGACCUUCGAGAUCCAGUACGGCUCCGGCAGCUUGUCCGGCUUCGUCUCCAACGAUGUCAUGAGCAUUGGUGACCUGAAGAUCAAGAACCAAGACUUUGCUGAGGCCACUAAUGAGCCUGGCCUUGCCUUCGCCUUUGGCAAGUUUGAUGGCAUUCUUGGCCUGGGCUAUGACACCAUCUCUGUCAACAAGAUUAUUCCUCCAUUCUACCAGAUGAUCAACCAGAAGUUGCUGGAUGAGCCUGUCUUUGCAUUCUACCUUGGUCGCGACGAAGAGGGUAGUGAAGCCGUCUUUGGUGGUGUCGACAAGAGCCACUACACGGGUAAGAUCGAGUACAUCCCUCUCCGCCGCAAGGCCUACUGGGAGGUCGAUAUCGAGUCCAUUGCCUUUGGCGAUGAAGUUGCUGAGCUCGAGGGAACUGGUGCCAUCCUUGACACUGGUACUUCCCUGAACGUUCUUCCUAGCUCUUUGGCUGAGCUGCUCAACAAGGAGAUUGGCGCCAAGAAGGGUUGGAACGGCCAGUACACUGUCGAAUGCGAGAAGGUCAAGUCCCUUCCCGACAUCACCUUCAACCUGGCUGGCUCCAACUACAGCCUCCCCGCCUCCGACUAUAUCCUUGAGCUUCAGGGUACCUGCGUGUCCACCUUCCAGGGUAUGGACAUCCCCGCUCCUGCUGGACCUCUUAUCAUCUUGGGAGAUGCUUUCCUCCGUCGUUACUACUCUGUCUACGACCUUGGCAAGAAUGCCGUGGGUUUGGCCCGAGCCAAGUAA